GCUGUCCUGCAGAAGCUCCGAGACUCUAGCGAACGCGCUAGCAGUCAAGGCCACAGUUACAAGUUACGGCAGUACUACAAGCCAACGGAUUGCGCUGUAUGCCAUGAGCCCUUAUGGGGCAAGACGAAUCAAGGCUACGAAUGCUCAGUUUGUAAAAUGAUUUGCCAUAAGGCUUGCAAGACGUUGAAUGAGCUGACGUGUGAGGAGAGCCGAGUGCUGAAGACCGUGGCCCCACUGUACUUCAUGGCCCAAGACGUGCAAGAUCGUGCCCGAUGGCUGCAAGGAGUAGAGCGUUGCCGACGCGAAGCUCACAAUGAUGAUCCAAAGACACCUCUAUCACCGAGGCAAGCGAUAUCGAAUGGAUCAAUAUUUUUGCCGGAAAAGAGACCAUUGCUCCCGCCAGAAUGA